UCCGCGAAUUGUGACUUAAUCUUUGCCAGAAAUAAAGACUCCAGUGCAGUUCGAUCCCAGAAGUUGAUGAGCGAAAAAGUUAAAGAACUGUGAAAAUCAGCUGUCAACCAAGGACGUGAUUCCAGUGGAAACUUGAGAAAAAAUCUUUACCCCAAGACCGGGGUGAAGGAAAUUAACGACUUGUGAUAUUUUAAAGAUUUCCUUUGUCACGAAACUACGAAGUUAAAACAAGACAUAAUUGGAAGAAACUCAAGAGAAGGUGAAGGAACGCGGAGAACAUUCAGGAAACCAAAGAAAUCCUUUUCAGUGCAAAACUCUCUUAAUCAGAAAGUAAUUUUCACUCGAAGAUCAAACUCAAGCCAUCAUCGCAUUUACUUGUGUUCUCCUCCAACAAUUAGCAAUCAACGGUGUUUGUACAGGUGAAUGUGGGAGUGUCGUGACAAAAGGUGAAAAACAUCCAGGUGGAAAUUAAUUUUCUUACACCCAAACCCAAACCCCAGCCUGGAAAGAAGCCAGAAAAGUUGUUGGAUCAGGAAAGGAUAACUUCUGGAGCUCGCUCUGGUGAUUAAGGUCCCUGAUUUUUGUGUUCUGUUGUUGGAAGAUUUUUUUUCUGGUGCUGUUUUCCGGAAGGUGGGUUGACUUAAAACGGAAGCGAAACAAAUCCUUCGCUGUUGUCGUCAGGAAAAGGAUUGUUUGAACACCGGAAGGUGACUGAAGUGCACUGGUUGAUAAACUUUUUCCCGGGAUCGGAAUCAAAUCAUCGAAAAAUGUUGGCGACGUUGAUGCUGAUAUUACUAACGACUCCCAUGUUCCUAUCUGCCGAUCGGUCCAACUCAGCCUCGGUGCUGGUGAAGACGAUGAUGGACGAUAACAACAACAGUGGCAAUGCUCAUAAAGCACUCAUGUACAAUGUAACGACAGUGCCGAGCUCCCGGAAGGCGAAACGAUCCAAUGGAGAAAUUCCGCUGCUCAUCAUCCGACCAAUCGAGAAAAAGAAGAAGAAGAUCUACGCCAAGGAACCGAUGAUGAAGCUGAUGAGCGGGGGCGUGGCCUCGUAUGGACACUAUCCCGAAAUCCAUAUGACCGACGGGGAAAUUUUCUCCCUGGAGCACAUGCUACCCAUCCUCGGCCUUGAAGGAAUGGUCUUCAAGGGAAUGCAGAAAACACCUUAUCUGUCUUCUCAUUUCAUUCCGUCUCCUCAAUUCAAGCCAUCCGACGUGCAUUUCGUGCCACAGAAACCUAAAGAAGAACUGUUCACCCCGGCUCAAGGAAGUCCCUCGGUGUCUGUUUCUUACAAGCCAACGGAAUCUGUACCGGUUCAAUCUUUUCCUGCUCCUCCACCACCAAACUAUGUGCCGGCCAUCAAAUCGGAAGAUGCACUUCUGAAGCUGGGUCAUCAAGCCUUAAGUAAGCUACAAACCCCAGGAUCGCCAUCCUAUGCUGCUUAUACAUCUUCGGACCAUGAAAAGCACGUUUAUUUGAAACCAGAACAGGUCUCAAAGUACAACUAUCAAAAAUAUCAACACGAGAUGCCUGUUAAAGUAAAAAGUGUGCCAGUAGGACCUCUGCAGACAUCUAUUGCUGGGGCUGGAUACAGUGUGUCUCAGAAUGAGAUCGUCAAACACCAGAAACCUAGCUAUGAACGACCUACGGCCGCUGCUUACAAGUACCAGGAACAACCGAAAAAGCCUCAGAUGGUUAGUCCGUUGUCCAUCUCAACCAGCUUCUUCUAUCCAAAACCAAAUCACAAUGAAGAACAACACCAUCAAGCGCAUAUGGCUCAAAAACCUCAACCAAAACCUUAUCCGUACCCUCAUCAACCUGCUCCGGUAGCUCCACAAGUCACUCAUGUAAGCUAUUACUUCCCGAAGGAAAUUGAACCUCUUCCUCAGCCGCAGCCUCUAGUUCAUCAUCACGCACCUCAUCAACAUGUCCAAUACCAAAUGGUUCCCGCAAAUGCUGUCCAAAAUGGAGAACACAUCGAAUACGUCAUAACCAAGCAACCGACUCACGAAGUGCCCUCUAAUCAAGCCGAAAAGCCUUACAAACAGUACGCAAUCCACUCGAAACAAAAGUACCAGAAACAGCCCCAGGAACCCCAAUCCACCUACUACAUCCACAAGCAGUUCGAUUUUCCCGGAAAACCAAACAGUAACGAGAACACCGUCGUCACGGAACAUUACGGCACCUUCAACCGAACCAAGACCCAAGAGCCUCGUCCCCUGAACGAACCGAAACCCUUUGCCGCCCCUCAUUACCUUCCACUCCCAAAACCCCAACCCCUAGCUCAACCAGCAACAACCCUGCACCAAACCCACCCCACCCCUUCCAACUUCCAUCAGAACCAUCAGCAGCAACCGUCUCACACCUUCCAGAAUCAUUGGAAACUCGGCCGUCGACAUCCAGAAUCGGUGAAACCCGUAGUGGAAGCCAUCCACGACUCCGAGCCAGAGAGUUCCGUUUCCCAGCAAACCGUUGGCCAGACGUUGAAGGUACAAGGACACGAUCAUGGCCCACAAGAAGCAGUGGCUGCCGAAUCCAAAGCUGUUCAGAGUCGAUCGCCGGUUGAGGAGAAGUCAAAGAAAGUAGAAAGCAGCUCGCCGCCGGUAGCCAAGAUUACUCCCCUGGCGCCAGAAUCAGUAGCGGAACCGAUCGAAAGUGUGGCCGAUGAGCAGCAGACCAGUGAAAGCGCAAGCCAGCGAGCGAGGAAAGCCAGGCAACAAGGAUGAUUUGCCCCUGCGUGACGUCGUCCGACUGAAUGAAGUGCACCCCCGAAAAAUGAAUUGACUCAAUUAAUCGCUCCGGAUAACAGACACACAAAAAAACACUAGAGAAAAUCGCUGGUAGAAAGAGAAAUUAGCUGAAAUUAUAAAUGCCUGCGUGAAAUUGAUUGGUGCCUGGCAGCAGCGAUUCGAAAACGCGGCUUAUGAAACACUCAAAAAUUCACACACAAACCCAUACCCAAACCCACAUCUGCAUUGAAUUGGAGGUGGAGAAGAUCGAAUUCGGUCGUCUUAUUUUCCGGAGAUUGUGGGGUAAUCGAUCCGGAAAGUUUUCGAUCCGCGCUCUCGGAGAUGCCACUUGUUGAAAAGUGCCCUUUAAUUGCAAGGUUUUUGGUGGUGAUUUUUUUUUUCCUUCCCCGUUCCGCUUUGUUAUUUAUUCCUACUACAUAUAUGUGUAUCUUUAAUCGUUCCUUUAGAUUAUAUUUUUGGUAAGAUUUCCCAUGUUCGUUAGCAUCGGUUAUGCAACUUGGUUAACGAGCUGGAAAAAAGUAUGCAUGUUUGUCUGCACGUGACUGGAAUGAGCUGAUAAACUACUGAAUGAAUGUUUGAAUGACUGAUUUGUGAACCUGGACGAAACUCAGGAUUCACGCAGAAAUAUUUAUGAUUCCUAUCCAAACUAAUCACCUUAAAACCUGAAAUACUGAGAAAGUUUUCUAUGAAAAACUUAAAGCUCAGAAUAGGAAACAAGGAAGAGAAUCAAUCAUCCUUUGGAUGACAUAAAGGAUUUCAACCCAUCUGUCUAUAUAAUAACUAACAAUCUUUGCCAGAAAAAAAGUCACCAACCAUAAUCUUGUAGAUCUUCCUACUCUUAACUUAUACUUAUAGGCCAGUAUGUUAGGAUUACGAUACAAAUAACUGAAGCUCUGACAGA